AUGACCUUUCUCUCUUCUUCUUCUUAACUUAUUCUCUCUCCUCUCCUCUCCUCCCGACAUAAAUAACAGUUUCCAGAAGAAAGAACAAACGGGGGUGGGUUAGUACUUACAAUACAAGCAGCUUCCGCUCCAAAGAAUCAAACUUUUUUAUUAUUUGUUUGUACAGAGGAGAAGAAGAAGAAGAAGAAGAAGAUCUUUAAUGGAGUCCGAUCAAAGACGUAGGAGAAAACGGAUGGGAAGAAGUCUGUCUGUUUCUUCUUCCUCCUCUUCUUCGAGUUACUUAUCAGUAAGAUCUUUAAUCUUAUGCCUAAGCUUCCUCAUCUUCCUCUACCUGCUCUCUACUCAAAUCCCAGUUGCUCGUUCUGCUUUCCGACCAGUUCUUAAAGCUUCCUCUUUUCCCCUCUUAUCUACCACUUCUUCUUCUUCUUCUUCUAUUCCAUUACAACAUAUCUCUUCCUCUUCCUCUUCCUCUACCAUUCAUCCCCAAUUCCAAAUCCAAGAUCGAGUCUUGUUUCCUGAUCACGUCCUCUUAAUCAUAGCAUACGUCGGAAACAACCACCCGGACCUGGACGACCUGGAGUGUAUUUAUUAUUAUUAUAAGGAUCUGGUGGUUUCCGGUCAUGAGAUUGAAACGAAACCUGUCAUUUCAUCUGAUGUAUAUGAACAGAAUCAAUAUAUCGUAAGAUGUCCAUUGCCGCCCACCAACUUCUCCUCUAUUGUGAAUUUGAAUAAACGGGGAGGACGAAUUUACGAUCGUAGCUUGCCCAGAACUAGCUUGAAGCUUCAUUCAUGGGAGACUCUAGCUUAUGCAGCCGCUUUGGAUGGGAAUACGGCUGUAGUAUUAGUGAAAGGCCUCAAUCUUCGGUCGGAUAGACAAUCCGACCCGAGGCAGUUCACUUGUCAUUUCGGCGUAAAAGAGAAAGAGACAUCUAUUCUCACCACAAGAGCGAUUUCGGCUGCUCAAGAGGUUAUCAGGUGUUCACUUCCACGUUCAAUUCAGAUGAAUCCAAACAAGGCAGAGGGAAUUCGUGUCACGAUUGGGACGAAAGUUCGUGCUCGUCUUCAUUCCAAGACGGAGAAUCGGGUUCUCGUUCCUUCUGUGGCAAAGAUUUUGAAUCCCAAGGUUGUGAUGGAGAAGAAGAAGAGUAACAAAUAUGAGCUUUGUGUUUGUACGAUGGCGUGGAAUCAAGCUUCUGCUCUUCGAGAAUGGAUCGUUUACCAUUCGUGGCUUGGAGUCGAGAGAUGGUUUAUAUACGACAAUAAUAGUAACGAUGGUACAAAGGAUGUGAUCGAAGAGCUCGCCAAUUACAAUGUCAGCCGCCAUGUUUGGCCUUGGAUCAAGACUCAAGAAGCAGGGUUCUCGCACUGUGCCAUUAGAGCCAGAACCGAAUGCAAUUGGGUUGGAUUCUUUGACGUUGACGAGUUUUUCUACUUCCCAACCAACGAGGACGGUUACAGAAACAUGGGUCAGGAUUCUUUAAGGAAUUUGGUUUCGAAUUUCUCAACAACAAACGUUGCGGAAAUAAGAACGAGUUGUCAUAGCUUUGGACCAUCCGGGCUGAAUUCAGCUCCAUCGAAGGGUGUGACGGUUGGUUACACUUGUAGACUGCAGAGUCCCGAGAGACACAAAUCCAUCGUUCGACCUGAGGCACUGGACGCCACUCUUCUGAACGUGAUUCAUCACUUUCGUUUGAGAAAUGGAUUCGAGAGUGUGAAUUUGCCUCAGAGUAGAGCUUUGAUUAACCACUAUAAGUACCAAGUAUGGGAUAGUUUCAAGGCAAAGUUUUUCAGGAGAGUUGCGACUUAUGUUGCGGAUUGGCAAGAGAAUCAAAAUGAAGGGUCCAAGGAUAGAGCACCUGGGUUAGGGACGGAGGCUAUUGAGCCACCAAACUGGUCUUUACAGUUCUGUGAGGUUUGGGAUACAGGUCUUAGAGACUUCAUUUUGAGUAAUAUGGCUGAUUCCUUUAGUGGGUUGCUUCCAUGGGAGGAGAGUAAUCUAUUAUUGUAAGUAUACCACAAUCAUAUGGAAAGAAAAAAAAAAAAAAAAAAAAAGGGGUCAUCUAGGAAGAUAAGUUAGCCAUUCUUUCUUUUGCAUAGAUUUCGUUUACAUUCUUUGUUUCCUGUAGAUUAUUUUUUUGAAUAGAUGGAAUUUGUGGAACAAAUAUAUGAAUGAUUGAUUCUUUCUGAA